AAUUCUACCCCAUCACACAUGAUUGUCCUCGAUCUGAAAUCCAACUCUAGCAGAGCAGUCAAUUCAGGGCUUCCAAAAAAAACAGUCAAUUCAGCUGCACAACCUAACCAAGACCCAGGCAACUGCAUUCUGCUCCUCUUCUCCGUUGCCUUUCACACACUAGCUCAUGUUUUGCGUGAGCAAUAUCCAAUCCCAGUGUAUAUCCGAUCCUCAGCUCAUGUGUUUUGGCACAGUUUCUUUGCAGUAAGCAAUAAUGCAAGCCAAGCAUCACCAAUGGCGUCGUCACUUCCUUCCUCCUCUGCGCAGCACGAAGCUAUGUCGUUGUCGUCCUCGUCCACGCCUCACGGUUGCAAGAACGAAACUGCUUAGCGUCUCCUUGUGCAUCGUCCUCGCAUUCGGCGUCGAGGCAGGCGGCGCGUCGGCCGGCAGCGCCGCCGACCAGUUCGUCUACUCCGGCUUCGCGGGCGCCAACGUCACCCUCGACGGCGCCGCCGUGGUCACGCCGUCGGGCCUGCUGGAGCUCACCAACGGCACGCUCCGGCAGAAGGCGCACGCCAUGCACCCAGCCGAGCUCCGUUUCCGUGAGGCGAGCAACGGCACGGCCACAGCGCGGUCCUUCUCGGCGUCCUUCGUGUUCGGCAUCCUCUGCCCGGACGCGGACGCCUGCGGCCACGGGAUCGUCCUCUUCGUCGCGCCGGCCAGCUACGACCUCGCCGCCGCGUUCCCGAGCCAGUACAUCGGCCUCGUCAACGGCAGCACCAACGGCGACCCCGCCGACCACCUCUUCGGCGUGGAGCUCGACACCGACCAGAACAACGAGUUCCGCGACAUCAACGGCAACCACGUCGGCGUCGACGUCAACAGCCUCGUCUCCGUCUCCUCGACCAGCGCCGGCUACUACGACGACGACGCCGGCCGCGGCGUGUUCCGCAACCUGACGCUCGCGAGCGGCGAGGCGAUGCAGGUGUGGGUGGACUACGACGGCGAGCAGAAACGUGUCGACGUGACCAUGGCUCCCCUGAGAAUGGCCAAACCCAGCAGGCCGCUGCUCUCCACCGCCUACGACCUCUCCACGGUGCUCACCGACGUCGCUCGCGUCGGCUUCUCGUCGGCGACAGGCUCGUUCAACUCGCGGCACUACGUUCUCGGUUGGAGCUUCGCCAUGGACGGACCUGCCCCGGCCAUCGACAUCGCCAAGCUGCCAAAGCUGCCUCGCUUUGGCCCCAAGCACCGUGCCAAACUGGCAGAGAUCAUCCCGCCGGUAGCCACGGCAGCAGUCAUCUUGGCCGUGGGUGCCAUUGCCGUUCUCCUGGUGCGGAGGCGGCUGCGGUACACCGAGGUGCGAGAAGAUUGGGAGGUCGAGUUUGGGCCACACCGGUUUUCGUACAAGGACUUGUUCAAUGCAACAGAAGGGUUCAAGAACAAGAACCUUCUUGGUGUUGGAGGGUUUGGGAGGGUGUACAAGGGAGUGCUUCCGGUGUCGAAAAUGGAGAUCGCCGUCAAGAAGGUGUCACAUGACUCCAAGCAAGGGAUGAAGGAGUUCAUAGCAGAGGUUGUUAGCAUUGGCCGCCUACAGCACCGCAACCUUGUGCAGUUACUAGGUUACUGCAGGCGAAAAGGUGAACUCCUCCUGGUCUACGAGUACAUGUCGAAUGGAAGCCUUGACAAACACUUGUAUGGUGGUGACCAAAACCAUGACAUGCCAAUUCUGAAUUGGGAUCAGAGGUUCCGGAUCAUCAAGGGGAUCGCGUCCGGGCUGCUCUAUCUCCAUGAAGAGUGGGAGAAAGUAAUCAUCCACCGCGAUAUCAAGGCGAGCAAUGUGCUGCUUGAUAAUGACAUGGAAGGACGGCUUGGUGACUUCGGCCUUGCAAGGUUGUAUGACCAUGGUACUGAUCCACAUACAACUCAUGUGGUUGGUACCAUAGGGUACCUUGCUCCCGAGCUUGGCCGCAGCAGCAAGGCGACGCCUUUGUCGGAUGUUUUCGCCUUCGGCAUGUUCGUUCUUGAAGUCACCUGUGGCCAGAGGCCCAUCAGGCAGAGCUCCAACGGUGACCAGCUCUUGUUGGUUGAUUGGGUUGUUGAGCAUUGGCACCAUGGAUCACUGACUGAUACUGUGGAUGCUAGGCUCCAUGGAAGCUACAACAUUGAUGAGGCAUCUCUGGCUCUCAAGAUAGGGUUGCUAUGCUCUCACCCGUUGUCCAGCGUGAGACCAAGCAUGCGGCAAGUCUCCAAGUACCUUAGCGGAGACAUACCAGUACCGGAGUUGGCGCCGACACACCGGAGCUUUGAAUCCCUUGCGCUGAUGCAGAACGAAGGGUUCGACUCGUAUGUCAUGUCUUACCCCUCGUCCAUGGUCACCAUGACCACCAUGUCCAGCCCUUCAGGAGAAGUGAUAACAUGAGCUGCCUUCUAUUUCAUAACCUUUGAUGUAAAUGAGCUGAAUUCCAUGAUUAACAAUCCCUUGAAAAAAGUUGAAGUAUGUAUGGAAAAGAUUACUCUUGUGUUAUAAACUUAUACUCCCUCCGCUCAAGAA